AUGGCUCAGUUGCCAUUGGCACACCCACCCGUCCUGCAGCGCGAUCUCUUCAGCGAGACUCUACAUCUGAAGGCUCUGAGAGUUCCAAAGAAGGAGUGCCAGGCUUACAUGAAGCUGCUCAACGGGUACACCUUUGACAAACCCAGGCUGCGCUGCAUUUUGCCAGAGGCUGACAGGCCUGACACGCGGCUCCUGCUCCUUGCAGAGAAGGUCCAAGACCAAGGUGUGCGGCGCUUUGCGCCACCGUGGUACCUCUGUUUCGAGUAUAGAAGCCAUGCUGUGAUUAACCAGUGUGUAUUCAGCAUUAUUGUUACCUAUGAUCUGACGCUGAACUACAGCUACUGGUCUGCUGAGCAUGUACUCAAGAGAUUGCUUCCUGAAGGAUGUGAGGUGCCAACCUCAUUUGAGAGCGUGGGCCAUAUUGCCCACAUGAACUUGCGGGAUGAGCUGCUGCCCUUCAAAAACGUCAUAGGACAGGUCCUUCUGGACAAAAAUCCCUCAAUCAGGACCAUCGUCAACAAGGUUGGGACAAUAGAGAACGAAUACAGGGUGUUUCGAAUGGAGGUGAUUGCCGGAGACAGCGACCUGGACACUGAAGUGAAGCAGCACAAGGCACGCUUCCGGCUGAACUAUGGAGAAGUUUACUGGAACUCGCGGCUGGAGCAGGAGCACAAGCGGCUGGUGGACACUUUCAGGCCGGGCCAGGUGGUGGUUGACAUGAUGGCAGGCAUUGGGCCCUUCGCCGUCCCUGCUGCUCAGAAGGGAUGCAAGGUAUAUGCAAAUGAUCUCAAUCCUAGGAGCUAUCACUACAUGACAGUGAACACCAAGCUCAACAAGGUGGAAAAUCUUGUGAAAGCCAGCUGCAUGGAUGCAAGGGAGUUUGUGCGAUCGCUAUGCAACCCUGACCACAGCACUGCUAGAGACGGUCAGGGUGGCCUUAUUUUCCAUCACGCCAUCUUGAAUCUGCCAGCCACCGCUGUAGAAUUCCUGGAUGUGUUCAACGGAUGCUUCAAUCAGCAGCGAUGGAAGGAUGUGCCUCUCCCACAUGUUCACUGCUAUACAUUUGCAAAGAAUGAAGAGACUGAUGCAGAUAUCAAAGCAAGGGCAGAGACAGCGCUGGGAGGUGCCCUCACCAGUGGUUGCCAGGUGCACCUGGUGCGUGAUGUGGCACCCAACAAGCGCAUGUUCUGCCUGUCCUUUCAGGUACCAGAAGCAAUCGCUUUUGGCCAAGGGGAUCCCACAGCAGCAGCAGCUACCGAAGUUGAUGACAACAUCAGCAACGGUGUGAAUGGGCAUCACAACAAAAAGCAGAAAACUGCAGAGGUCUGCUGA